CGCAAGGGCAGCCCGCACAUCGAUGCCGCAGGCAGGCCGAUUGGGGCAUAAUUUGCACUACACUAACCAAAUCUAAGCGUACGCCAUCGAUGCGCCGCGGAGCUUGAGUAAAAGACACGUUCAGACAGGCACAAUAAAUGCCAGCCGCCGGCGCCCUCGUGCUGCAGGCCGUCGGGCUGGCAUCUUUAAGGGAGGCCGAGCGCGCCGCAGCAUCGAUACAAGCGGUGCAGCCCGACCUCGAACACAUUGUCAUAGGGGACGCGGAGACGCUGCGCCGGGCGACGGCCACCUUCCAACGAAAAAUCGACGUCGAGGAGGGCCUAGACGCCACGAUCCGGGCGGCGCUGCGCCGCGCGGCCCGCGUAUCAACAGGCUGCCGGCGGCGGAGCGGCUGCGCCGACGAGUUAGUAAGGGCGCUCCGCGUGGCGCGCAUCGCUCAUCUGCGGCGCCUCCUUACGGAAUAUGAUUACGUGGUUUCGAUGGAUGCGGACAGCCUCGCGUGCCAAAAGCCGGACUUUGCCUUAAAGGGCGCCUGGGACGUGGCGCUCCGGCCCGUGCCCGUGGCCGUCCGCAAGGGGCCCGCGCGGGACCUGCCGCCCUACCCGCCCGAGUUCAGCGGCGCGCUCCUCAUCUUGCGCAACACGACGGCGACGCAGAACUUGCUGGAAACGUGGGCGGCGCUCUACGCUUCCUACAACGACGGGAAGCACCCGACUUCGGACCAGCCGCUCCUCCGCGUCGCGCUGCGCGCCGCGGGCGCGCGCGUGCGCUACCUGCCCGUGCGCUACGGCUGCGCGGUCUGGUCCGCCUCUGCUCAGUCCUGCCCCGCGUACACGGGCGCGAUGAAGCGCGCGGUCGCGGGGCCGGCGCGCGCGGUCCGCCGCGACAAGCUCGGGGGGCCGAACGCGGCGCUCUGGCGGGCGCACGAGCGGGCCCUAAACCGGGAGCCGUGCGUGCUGCUGCACGGGCUCCACGGCUGA